AUGGAUGCGUCCCUCUUUCAGUUCUUCAUAGAGGAAUUCGGCGACACCAACUGUACUCUUAUGGAUGCUUUUCAGGACACUUUAUACGAGAAUUCGUCUUUCGCGUCGAUGAGUGUCGACGGUCUCUACUGUAACGCCACCACGGAUGAAAUAGGAACUUGCUGGCCAAGAAGCAACUCUGGACGGAUAAUUGAGCGACCCUGUCCAGAGUACAUUAACGGCGUCAAAUACAACACCACUAGAAUUGCGUACCGAGAGUGUCUGGACAAUGGCACGUGGGCACUGAAAAGUAACUACUCCAACUGUGAGCCCAUUUUAGAGGAAAAGAGGAAGUACCCCAUGCACUACAAGAUAGCCCUCAUCAUCAACUACUUUGGGCACUGUAUAUCUGUUGGAGCUCUCGUUAUUGCCUUCAUUCUCUUUCUGUGCUUGAGGAGCAUCCGAUGCCUUCGCAACAUAAUCCACUGGAACUUAAUUACGACUUUCAUUCUGAGGAAUGUAAUGUGGUUUUUGCUUCAACUGAUUGACGAAAACAUUUAUGAGACGAAUGAGCCCUGGUGUCGUCUUAUAACAACAAUCUAUAAUUACUUUGUGGUGACCAAUUUUUUCUGGAUGUUUGUGGAGGGCUGCUAUCUUCACACGGCUAUUGUGAUGACAUAUUCCACAGACAAGCUUCGGAAAUGGGUCUUCCUUUUCAUCGGAUGGUGUAUACCGUGUCCGAUAAUUAUAGCGUGGGCCAUUGGAAAACUUUACAACGAAAACGAACAAUGCUGGUUUGGGAAGGAACCUGGGAAGUACAUAGACUACAUUUAUCAGGGGCCUGUGAUUUUAGUUCUUCUUAUAAAUUUUGUGUUCCUUUUCAACAUUGUGCGCAUUUUAAUGACAAAGCUGAGGGCCUCGACCACAUCUGAAACAAUACAAUACAGGAAAGCAGUGAAGGCCACUCUAGUGCUUCUGCCUUUACUUGGUAUCACAUACAUGCUGUUCUUUGUGAACCCAGGCGAGGAUGAUAUAUCUCAAAUUGUGUUUAUAUAUUUCAACUCAUUUCUACAGUCCUUUCAGGGAUUCUUUGUGUCGGUAUUUUACUGCUUUCUUAAUGGGGAGGUACGUUCUGCAGCCAGAAAGCGUUGGCAUCGCUGGCAGGACAAUCACGCGCUGCGAGUCAGAGUGGCGAGAGCCAUGUCCAUCCCCACCUCCCCCACCCGCAUCAGCUUUCACAGCAUCAAGCAGACCACAGCCGUCUGACCUUUACACAAUAGCUUUUCCUCUUUUAUAAUUCAACCACACAGUUAGACUGCAAGUGGCA